ACGAUAUAGGCGCGACGCCAAUUGAGGCGAGAACAGAGCGACUCGUUGAAGCAGAAAGAACAAAAAAUUAGCGACGUCAACAGGAAAAGAGAAAACAAAAGAACUUAUUGCACUUGAAAAAAAAAUCAUAGCUGCGGCCUAGUUGGACAAAAUUACUGUAAACAAAUCAGAAGUAAAAUCUGUGCGUUCGCGCAGACAAUUGAAUUAAAAACUCAUCAGCAUUUGUGGGGGCGUUAAACGUAGAAUCUUUUUGUGGGCGGCGCAGCAGCAAUACAAAGAAAACAGCUGCUGCUACUGUUGCCUGUGCUAAUUACUGUUUAGCGACGAUAUAACAAUAGCAACGCUAUGAGCGGGGAUCAGGAGACAGCGCCUAUAGCAGCGCCCCGCAAUGGCAGCGCUUCCAAUAUGUUUCGCAGCUUUGGUUCACUGUUCGGGUCGAGCAGUGCGGCAGGACAGACGGGUAGAGCGCCCAGUCCGCAAUCUGGUGACGGAUAUGUCGAGUUUGGGAUGCAGGAUCCGGAACGGCAUGGACGCACAUUAGGCACAUUUGCCGGCGUCUUCAGUCCGGUGGCUUUGUCCAUGUUCAGCGCUUUGGUUUUCAUACGUGUUGGGUACAUUGUGGGAAAUGCCGGCCUAUAUGUCACUCUGCUGCAGUUCAUCAUCGCUUACGCAAUCCUUCUGUUUACCGUUGCAAGCGUGUGCGCCAUUUCCACAAACGGUGCAGUGGAGGGGGGCGGUGUUUAUUUCAUGAUAAGUCGAACACUGGGCAUUGAGUUCGGCGGCUCAAUUGGCACGCUCUUCUUUUUUGCCAAUGUCGUUGGCUGCGCCAUGGCUAUUUCCGGCUGCACGGAGGGCAUUAUACAGAAUUUUGGACCCGGCGGCUACUUUGUUCAGGGCAGCAGCAACACCCUGCCGGACGGCACUUGGUGGCGCUUCCUAUUCAGCAGCGUUAUCAAUACAUGCAUGCUCCUGGUCUGUCUCAUCGGCGCCGCCCUUUUCGCCAAGACGUCAGUGCUUAUUUUGGGGACUGUGACUGUCAGUCUCUUUGCCACAUAUAUCAGCUUUCUGGCUGUCGGCGAAAAUAAUAAUAAGAUACCAGUGCCGGAUCAGAAUAAGUUAUACAAUGCUACACAAUUUCUGAAAUACACUGGCCUGAGUGGUAACACGCUCAGUCAAAAUUUGGGGGAGCACUAUGGUCGGGAUUAUACAUCCAAUGGCAAACAAGUGGACUUUGCCGCUACCUUUGGUGUGCUGUUCUCUGGUGUUACUGGCAUUAUGGCCGGCGCAAAUAUGUCUGGUGAACUGAAGAAUCCAUCAAAGAGCAUUCCAGUGGGCACACUGUCGGCUGUCGCCUUUACUUUUGUCUCCUACAUCAUACUCUCGUUUCUGAUGAGCUGCACCACACCGUAUGAGACCAUGCAGAAUAAUUAUCUGUUCCUUAUGCCGGUCAAUUUGUGGCCACCAUUCACAGCAAUUGGUAUUUUGACCGCCACCUUCUCGACGGGAUUGAGCAAUCAGAUUGGAUCGAGUCGAAUUUUGGAGGCGCUUUCAAAGGAUCAAGUUUUUGGUUCACUACUGAAUUUCGUGCUGCGUGGAACUUGGAAGGGCAAUCCCGUAGUCGCCGUGUUCGUCAGUUGGGUGCUGGUUGAGUGCAUUCUCCUGAUUGGCUCCUUCAACAUUAUUGCUCAAAUCAACUCGGUGCUGUUCAUGCUCUCAUAUUUGGCCACAAAUCUGGCAUGUCUCGGCAUUGAAAUGACGGGUGCACCCAAUUUCCGGCCACUCUUCAAAUACUUCACCUGGCAUACGUGUCUGGUCGGUCUGCUCGGCACGCUCAUCAUGAUGUUCGUUAUCAAUUCAAUUUAUGCCUUAUCCUGUAUUAUACUGUGCCUUUGCCUGGUCAUCGCGCUGCAUCUUUUCUCGCCGGCCACUCAGGCGGCGCAAUGGGGUUCCAUAUCACAGGCUCUAAUGUUUCAUCAGGUGCGCAAAUAUCUACUUAUGUUGGAUCCACGCAAGGAUCACGUCAAAUUCUGGCGUCCACAAAUUCUACUUCUGGUUUCCUCGCCACGUUCCUGUUGCCCGCUUGUGGACUUUGUGAACGACUUGAAGAAGAGCGGCCUAUACAUCAUAGGCCACGUAAAAUUGGGCGAUUUUAAGGAAGUCAGCGAUGUGGCGUAUGAGGAAAACCAACAAUGGCUCUCAUUUCUGGACCACAUGAAGGUCAAGGCCUUUACAGAAUUCACACUCAGUCGCAGCAUUCGCGAGGGCGCGCAGCACUUGAUCCGUUUGUCGGGCAUCGGCGCUAUGAAGCCCAAUACCAUUAUACUGGGCUUCUAUGAUAGCGAGGCGCCCAAAGAUUUCUUCCAAAACGGUUCUUCACCUUAUAAGACCGAUGGCUUCAACAACGGCGAUAUACAAAGCUUUCCUAUACGCCGCGAUGGCGAACCCAAGAAUUUUGAUGUGAUGGAAUAUGUGGAAAUUCUUUGCGACACGCUGCGCAUGAAAAAGAAUCUCUGUCUGUGCCGCAACUUUCAACGACUGGACAAGAAUUUUAUUACCAUAAGCAAACACGUUAAAUAUAUUGACGUAUGGCCCAUUAAUGUCUUCAAUCCCACAUCGGAGGACACCUUUGACAUAGUUUCGCUAUUUAUGAUGCAACUGGCGGUCAUAAUGCUGGCCAAAUGGAAGCAUUUGCGCGUCCGUAUAUUCCUCUGCGCGACUAAUGACGAGCGUACUGUGAGCACUUUUGACACACAGACGCCACAUAUGGAGAUUUUCUCGAAAAUGAAGCUGGAACAAUCGCUUAAGGAGCUGCGUAUUACAGCGGACAUUAUUGAGAUACAGGAGUGGAGUCGCGACACUGAAUUCACGCGUCACGCGCGUAUUCUCAAGCAGUUCACACAGCAGGCAGAGGAGGGCAUCGAUGGCGAUCUCAGCGAGGAUAAGUUGAAUCGGUCUCUGCUGUACAUGCAACGCGCCAAUCAAAUCAUACGCGAACGCUCAGAUCAAACAGCGCUAUCCUUCAUAUAUUUGGCAGCGCCUCCUAAGCUAACAUCCACCGAUUUUGCUCAGCGUAGCAGCAACUAUAUGGAUCUGCUUACCGAGUUGACCGCGGAGCUGCCCCCCACUAUUUUGGUGCAUGGUGUCAGCACCGUGACAUCGACGACGCUUUAAGCGGGGUCAUGUGGCUAUAGCCAAGUGAUAGUAAAUACAAUCACACACCCACACACAUGCACACACACACACACACACUAUGUUUUUUCAGUCUAGAUAUGCGGUUUAACAAAAGCAAACCGCAUAAAAUCAAUUGAAACGAACGAUAUUGCUUCCUUUUUCAGCAUCUUAAUGAGCUUUAUGGUUUGUGUGUGCACGUUGUGUGUGUGUGUAUGUGUCUGUGUGUGCGUGAGCGUUUGGAUAACUCGAUAUAUGUAUGUAUACACAAAUAUUUAUUUGCCUUAAUUUCAUUUAUUUAGUUAAUUGUAUAUUAAUUAGCACACACUAAAAACUUGCAGCAGUUCGUCUCACAAAACUGUCAUAUCAGCAACCGAAUUAACACCCUUUUUAUAUAAAAAUAUAUCACACACAUACAUGCAUAUAUCGCAUAAGAAAUUUGUGAGUAAACUCCCGACGAUAUACACCAACAAGUUAUGUUUGUGAUUAAGAACAAAUGGUAGAAAGUUUUUACAGAUUGGGGCGCUGCAAAUGACGAAUGAUUUCGUAUGAAUAGUAUUAUUAUAAAACCAUGACUUUUGGUGCAACUCAACACAUUUCAUUGUUUAGUUUAAAUACAUAUGCAUAAUAUUUGUAUAUUAUAUCGACUUUUAACAUUA